CAUGUUGUAUUCCUGCGCUGAUUGCAGGCACGAGAAAUCUGCCAACCCGUUUAUUUUUUGGGAUUAGUUCCCGAGAAUAAAUCGAACUGCGAUUUUGUAUUCAAAUAUAUUUGAUUUUAUAUUUGUUGGCAAAUGUUAGUAGACUUUAGUGAAAUCGAUGCAUCCUUGUUGUCGCAUUUUGAGUGUUAACUCUUAAUUUCAACUGCAGUUUAGUGCAUCCGCGAAAGUUGAAAGGACUGUGUUGUAAAAGAAAGAAGUGAUAAUUAGCCAAAAUUCCGGUCCCUACGCGUAGACGAGAAGGUGCCUACCCGCCGGGGCAGUCGGGCGAAGGAGAUAUGAACAACAAACGAAAAAAUCGCCAAGGGCCACCGAGGUCACCACGAGGUCGUGUGGUAGCAGAGGGCGUGUACAACAAUCCACACUUCAUGCAUGCCAUGACCUCACAUGUCGGAGACAUCGUGCAAGUGCUAACACCCUCGGGCGGUCUCUGGGAGGGUGUCUUCAAGACUUUCAGUUCACACUUUGACAUUGUACUAGAAGUUGCUCACCGCGUGGACCAAGAGGGUGUAGUGGCGGUGGAUUCUGUGGUUGAGAAAUUGAUCUUCAAACCCGAGGACGUGGUGUCCAUCCGAGCGAAAGACGCAGACCUCGAAUACGCCACACAUGACGUGUUUCAGACAGAUAGUGCUAUCUCUAGCAAAUUUAAUGAACUUACAGGUAACGGCCGUUCAGCCGAAGAUCGUCAGUUGGAGCCAUGGGACGGUUGUGAUGGUGACACGGGUGACUCACCCUCUGUAAACGGAGACGCUAGGCUCGAUGAACUAGAGUUAGACCACCGAGCCAACGGCUGGGACGCAAAUGACAUGUUCCGUAAGAAUGAAGAAGUGUACGGCGUACACAGUACAUAUGACCAUUCCUUAACGGGGUAUACUUUGCAACUUCAGAGGAAGGACACACAGGAUUACAGGGAAGCUGAAGCGAAAGCUGAAGAAAUAGCGGCUGAAAUAGAAGGCACAGCUACAUACAAGGCUCGAAUUGAAUUGGAAAACGGUGACGAAGAAGAAAGAUUCGCAGCCGUAGUAAGGCCGCAACAGGAGCAGCCCAAAUAUGUUAUACCUAACAAGAGGAAGCCAGGACAGCAGCAACAGCAAGUUAACAAGCCCGUGAAAUCAGGGAACGGGGGCGGGUCCCCCGGGGGUGGUAAGGCCCGAGACAAGGACCCCAGACCACCUCGGCACCAUCUUACGCCCCCAGCGCCGCCCGCAGACAGACGGGAUGAACAUACGUCGGGCAACCCAUCUGGGACACCCGGCAACAAGAGCUACGCGGCGCAAGCUGCUGGCCACCACCCGCCACCAUUCCCGCAUCAUGCGCAUGCGUACGUACAAUCAAACAGCAAAAUGAACGGCGAACCGCGUGCCUCAGGGCCACGGCAAGGCUUCCCAUCGCAUCACCAUCACAGCGGACCACAAGAGGCUGGUAGAUCACGGCACGGCUCUCAAGAUAUCAGAGACCAACGAGACCCUAGGGAUCAACGGGAUCCGAGAGACCAGCGAGACCCCAGAGACCAACGGGAUCCCAGAGACCAAAGGGAUCCCAGAGACCAAAGGGACCCUAGGGAUCAACGUGACCCGAGAGACCGAGAAUCACGGGACCAAAGAGAUCAGAGAGACAGGGACUCACGGGAACAACGGGAGGCCAGGGAUACAAGAGACCAACGUGAUCGGGAACCAAGAGAGCAGAGAGAGCCCAGGGAACCACGCAGGCAGGAGGAGUUACAGGAACUACGCAAGUUCCAUCAAGACUUCAAACUGGUGACGUCACCGGCCCCUCCUGCACCGCAAGCCCCGCCCCCUCAAAUGGCCCCACCACCACAGAUGGCCCCGCCACAGCAGCCGCCCACGCAGCCCCCACAGCCAGUUCUCCCACAGCCACAGCCCCCUGUAGUCGUACACAAUCCGCAACCUCAGUUACAGCCCCAGCCCUGCCCAGUAGUGCCCAGUCCUCCAGAAGUAUCGGCCAACGUAGGGCCCCCGUCAGAACCUCACAAGAGGCCUGCACGGGCACCAGAGCAUCACAAGCCGCCUCCUGUCCCCACGGAAGAAGUAGAGGAUACGAGUCGGUCUCCCGAAGCAAGUUCUCCCGGAGUAGAACGUGCGACUGCCACCCUCAAGAAAUCCACUUUGAACCCCAACGCAAAAGAGUUCAACCCCAGUGCGAAGACUUUCCAACCAAGAAGUCCUACUACACCUUCGCACAGCAGGCCACAUACGCCGGGAACUCCAGUGGGCGUCAAUAUGGGUGUGGCACCUGUCGGAUUGAACGUUGUAGGUGGCUACGUUCCUGCACCGCCGCCGGGUCCGCACAUGAUUCCGGCAUAUGCUGCAGUAAUGGCGGCGGCGGCGGCAGCCUCACAGCAGCCGCCUGCUUAUCUACAGCAUCCACAUCCCCAUUCAAAUGGCCCAAUGGAGAUGAGUUGUGAGUGCCGCCAGUACGGGCCUCCCAUACUGGUGCUCGCUGAAAAGAGGGAUAGGCAUGACUCGAUAUAUGGCCCAAUGCCCGGUGGCGGCGGUGCGGGUCAGCAUGCGCCUUUGCAAACACAACCACGGGGGAACUUCAGAAAAGGUAUGCCGGUAGCCACAGCGACCGGCCAGCCCUUACUGACUGGUGCGCCCAUGCAGCCCUUCGUGUCCUACCCGCACCCACAUCCACACCCUGCGCCGCCUCAGCCCACUCUACAGUACCCGCAUAUGGUGCGCAUGUACCACCCAGGUGGGGCGGUAGGCAUGGGGGGAGCCGUGGGUGUGGGGGGCGGAGCGGUGGGAGUGGGGGGUGCGGUGGCGGAAUACGCGCCCCCCUCCGCUUCGCCAGCCGCGGCCUCCCCCGCCCUCUACCCCCCGCCAUCGCCCGCGCACACGCCGCACCCGCAUCAGCAUCAACACCCGCACCAGCCGCAUCACCAUUACCAGCAGCAGCCCUUCCAGUACAUGCCGCAAGUGCUGUGUCCGCUGAUGGGAGGCGGAGCUGGUGCUCAUCACCAUCACCACCACCACGUGGCUUACCUCAACCACGCGCCACCCACCGCCUCGCCGCCCCAUCACCCUCACCAUCCCCACCAUCAUCCCGUGCAGCAAGUACUACUACCACCACAGCAACCCUCAGGAGGAUCAAGCACGCCCGGAAUACAUUCCUCUCACCCAUAGAGCGCAUCCGCCCACCUAUUGACCCACUCGCACCGCCCUACCACCCACUCGCCGUGCUAAGCCCGCCCGCCCUAUAACACCUGUUGGGUGCGUUUUAACUUUAAUUUAAAAUAUAUACGGCUAAGCCGAACGUCGAAAUUACGUACAUAGUUACUAAAAACAGUCUAUCAUAUAUAUUUACAUACACUUUCUAAGAUCAUGUUUAAAUUAUUAAAUUCAUGUUUUUGGCUCUUGAUAUAACAACCCAAAUUGAAGAAUCAUGUCUUUAUAUUACUAUUUAUAAAACGAAUAUAUUUAUAAUUGCAAAGAGAACAAAUGUCUAUUAAAAUGUAUUAAUUUAAAUUAUAUAUAUUUAUUUAUCAAAACGCAAUAAUUCAGUAAUUGCUAUCUUCCCUAAAGAAGAUAUGGUACAACAGCACUUUUAUUUAUUUGGCAUCACGUACCAUAUCUAAUAUAAAUGCGUCAGUAUAUGUAAAAUUGCAGUUAAAAUUCCCAAAUAAGGGUUAAGGCCUGCUUUUAGAUCUGUAUAAAAGCUAUGUACCUACCAUUAUAUAUUUGUAUAGGAUAGUGUAAGCUUAGCACGGCGGGAAUAAGGGAAACAUUUCUAUAUGUAUAUCCGAAAGCAUUGUCUAAAUAGACCGUGUCGAUAAGUCGGAUUGUAUUAUAGGUAGAUAAAUUUCUUUUGGACUGGGUGGGUAGAAAUUAAUAGUUUUUCUAUACAUCCACAGGAAGCUAUAUAAGAUAAUAUACAAUUAACACAAGACAGCCGGUCGUUUUAACUUUUGUUUUUUUUUUUUGUUGUUAUCUUGGCAGCUGACAUUCUUUGUUGCAUUUUUAAGAUCUUUAUAUUUUGUUAUUAACUGUUAAUUUCUACCGCACCUUUCUAUUUAUUAUUUAGUGUUAAACCCUAUUUCCAUCACGAGUCAAUUGUAAUCCUCGAAACGGAAUUCCAUUUCGCUUUGAGGAAUGUUUGCUUCAAUGUGCGAACAGACAAAGAAACAUCAACUGAAUAUAAUUCUAUGGCAAGGAUUCAAUUCUUACGCCCGGUUGCUACAUUCCACGAACAGACAAGUGACAAAUACGCAUAGCAAGGCUAUUUAUCAAAAAAUAUGUACCUUUUUGACGGAUAACGCUGGCUAUCUUUCCUCUACGACUUGUAAGUAAAUAUAGCAACUUGGUGCUAUUUAGCGUAUUUAUAUUAUAACAUAUAUAUGUAUUUAAAAGAAACCUUUCAAAUUCCAUUUUUGUUUAGUUAGAUGUUUUUUUAUCUGGCCGUAUACGCUAUCCACAUCGGAUGAUUAUCAGAUGUGUAAUGUAAGCCUAUAUAAUAUAAAUGUAUAAUAUAAAUAUAUUUACGGUGACUGCCUUAUUGAGUUGUGUAUGAACGAAUGUUAGGCGAGGGAUAUAUGAAUUUUUACCAAAAAAUUACUCGAAUUGGUGAAAAGUGCGUAUAUUUUUCUUGACGGUAUGAUGUGACAAUAAAACGAAAUUAGUAGGUAGUAAUACAAUGUCGACACGAACGUAUAGUUUUGGUUAAUACGUCUCGUGUUAGCGUUGUAUCUUAUGAUUAUGUCACUGAUAAGAUGUAGAGGUAACAUUGUAGAGGGCCUAGGACGAGUGCUAUAUUUAACUUACAGUUGACGGUUUUAACUACCGUGGCCACACAAAAGUCUUACAAAAACUACUAUAAUACGGUAGAUCUACAUUCAUCCGCUGGGUUAAAUAUGGCAACCGGAAGCUGUUCAAUUCAAAAGCAAAUAUUAUGAAAUUGCUUUUGCUAUAAGAAUAUAUUUCAAAACGAGACUUUGAAAUCGGCUAAAGAAAAGAAAUACGUCAUAUUCCAAACAAUAUGUGUCAAAUCUAAACGCAUUUAUGAAUUCGAAGUUUCAAAUGGUUUGAAUUUUUUAUGGACUAGUAGAGCUCGUGUAGGCAUUUCUGGGACCUUAUAUAUUCUGGCCAAUUUCGGUCAUUGGAUAAACUCGUCCAAGGUCAACUGCAACCCAAUCUUUAAUGUGUCUAAAGACGACAUUUCAAGGCACAUUGUAGUUUGCUUAAUCAUAAACGUACGAAAAUGGGUUGAAACCAGUUUUGUAAUCUGGUUAUUAUGCCCAAUGAAAGAAUUAGCUUAAUUAUAAUUUAAAGAUGCUGAGUAGGCCAAAACUAUCUUGUAAAGAAAAUAUUAGCUUCUUUUACGUUCUUAAAAAGGCAUUUCGAUUGUCACUAGUAGGAUUACCGAAGACCUUGAAACAAAUAUUUCCUUACAAACUAUAUUUUACCGAAAUAAAAUAUGUAUUGUACUCAACAUACAUACUUGGGAAGGUUUGUGGCAACUCAAGUUUGCAAGUCAGAAUUCCUACAAAAUUUGAGUGUGAACUUUCGGAUUGAUUGAUCGUAUUUCUUACACUUUUCGAUCAGAAAUGAAUUUUCGUCCCCGGUGGACAUAUUAGUCUUACACUAGUCUGGUGUCUUCAUUUAUUUACCUAUUGUAUUUAUUAUAGGUUUUUGGCUCAAGUUGUCUGAGAUUUUAAGAGUCUUAUUCUAUUGCCCGAAUACUCAAAGGCCACUCAAUUAUAACCGUGACCUAAUAUGGUUCUCUUAUUUUAGAAUAGGUAUUUGGAGAGACCGAGCAUUUUGAUUGACGUUUGUGUAUUUGGACAUAGAAGUGUUUAUAAAAGAUCAAUUGGAGAAGUUAGGUUUGACCGCCGCUUGGUGUGUCAUGCGGCCGAUUUGGACUUGUGUGCUUGUGUACCCACUUUAGUAAACUGGUUUAGAAGAACUAUCUGAAAUUUGUUAGUAGGAUUAUUACUGUAUAGAACUUAAGACGGACUUCAAAGAGAGCUAAAUGGUCAUAUUUGUCCAAGUAAAUAAUGCUGCAUUUUUUAAAUCCAUUAUCCAUGUACAAUUAAUUGCAUACAAGAAUCUAAAGGUUGAGUACAAAUAGCUUAUCUAGGAAACCUGUGCUAAGUAAUUAAAAGUGUAACUAACAGCAAAUAAUAUUUAAAAUUAGCAUAUUAAAACUAGACUCUGAACACAAGUACUACAAAAUUUUAUUUGUGACGUAUUUCAAGGGAGUUUAUAAUAAUGUUCCAGUUCAAAGUUUGUAAAUUCGUUUACGUAUUAUCAUAAACCGGUUUAUUAACGAGGGUGAAUGUUGUGUGUUUGUUUGUUGUAUGAAGGGGGGCAUAGUCCAUGACCUCCGCGCGGUGCUCCCUGGGUAGCGCCAAAUGUGGACUCUUAUUCACAUCCCAGCGCGCUAUUUUAAUUCGGGAAUUAAAUGUAACUGUUGCCACUUAUAUUAGAGGAAACGCUCUGCUUCCCUGUAAAAUAGAAAUCGACCUGUCUAAAGGUGCUUGGUCAACCUGUAUCGAGACACGCGUCCGACGGGCCAAAAUCCUAAGCAAUAUAAAAACAGUUGCCAGUUAACUGGUGUUUAUAAAUUUACAAGUAGAUAGGUUUUGGAAUUGAACAGUCCAUAUAAAUAUUUUCAAUAUAGUUUGUUUUUAACGAUUUUUAGCGGAUUUAUGAUAUACAAUAUGCGAUUCAUUCCUUAAUAUAUGCGCGUGUAUAAGAAUUCCUAAGUCCUUGAAGUUAGGUGUAAAUAUGUAUAUAGGUUUAGAAGUCCUUUCCUCGACGGCUUAUUCGUGUAUGAUUUGUGAUGUAUAAAAAUUAACAUUCAAAAAAUCCCAAAAAAAAAAAUAUCGGGAAGGGCCUAGAGGGCCGAUAGCACAUUGCCGACGUUUUGGCAACGCGCUGCGGCCGGCGUUGUUUUUUUUUUCAUCUUUUCGUUUUUCUUUUUUGAAUUUUAUUGAAGCGUGUGUGCGACCACCGCGUGUGUUGUGUGUGAGAUAUUCUAAAGUGUUGUUUGUUGUCGGUUGAAUGGGUUAUAAUUUAUGAAUAUCCGUUAGGGAUUGUUUCUGUUACGUCAAGCCAAUGUUUGACGCAUGCGGUUGUGUAAAGCCUCUAUUGAUUUGGGAUAUACUCAUGACAGACGGUUGAGAGAGUUGGUUUUAGGAUAUGUUUAAUUUCUGGCAACGAAUGUGUGCCUUCUGGUAUUUUGUUUUUGCUUCUACACUCUUCACCUGUCCUUUUUAAUCAGUAAUUAUCAAUCUACGCUCCAUAUGAGUCAAAUAUUUUGUAAAGUAUCUCUGAGUGAAAUUAUUUUCAAAUCGAUUUGAAAUUGAAAAAAUAUAUUAUAAAAAAUAAUUUGAAAGUACGAGGUUUAAGAUAUGAUUUGGUUUGACUUAAGUUUUCAAGCUUUAAGAAAAAAUAAGUUUGAAAUUUUCUAAUAUGCAGGUGAAGAUAAAAUAAUAAUAAAUGGUUCAGUAAAUUUGACCUACGAUAUUUUCCUUAUCGAAUAAUCAUAAAAAAUAUAAAUACUAUGUAUGUGCAGAAAAUGUAAAAAAUAUAUAUAAACGACUUAAAACAUCUUUAAGCGAGUAAAAGUAAAGAAGAAACAAUUUGGUAAUAUUUUUAAAACUCAAAAAAUACUACUAAAUAAUUACUAGUUUAUUAUUAAUGAAAACGACAAGGCAAUCUCUUUUAUAUGAAAUUAUAUGUUAAAGCUGCAGAGAACUUAGUCACAUUUAAUCAAUUCCAUUAAAAAAAAAUAAUAACGAAUCAUUCGUUUCAUGUGAAUAAUCCAGUCGAUGAUUGUUCUAUCACCAACGAUCUGAUAUUUUGUAACAGUUGUUUAUUAUACAACAAAAUUAUUAUAACAACAAAUCUGGUGCCAAAUUGCAUUAUAACUGCGCAGCAAAAAAAAAUAUUAAUUACCCGUCGUUGCACAUGCGUAAAAGAGCGAGACAACAUUAACAGCUUUUUUAUUUUUGUACCUGAUGUGGCACUUUAUUUGCGAAUGUACGGAUGUGUACUUGUGUAAAAGCUGUGUGUACUUGCGUACCUGUAAGUUGGAACGAUAUUCAUGGAGGAAACUUCAAACUUACAGAUACGUUAUUUGAGUGUCGUUUCACGCGAUUUCGAUCUUUGUCGAUGAAAACGCGUGACAGAUUGACACUAGUGUAAUGCCUUAAUGCCCAGAGGGGCUGUACCACCAACUGUCCAAACCUCGAAACCUUUUCUUAACAAAUAAGUAAGGAUCAUUCAUGUGAAGUCUAGUUUUAAAUGCUAUUGUUAAAAACGGAUUCUGCCAAAUUCAUACUAACUUCUGGCUUGGUAGAGGUCGUCACUAAAGUUCAUCGACUUACGUGUGUCUAGCUCAAACGAGAUCUGACGAGGAGGUUGCGAGGUAUAUCAAAGACUGAACGUCGGGUGUGUAAGGUUUUAUAAGCAAUUUUCGGAGCCUAAAGUAUGUAAAGCAUUGAUAAUGUUACAAAUGUAACCUAAGGUGGCUUGGCUUAAGUUGUGCUUGUUUUGUAACCGCGGCCAAGUGGCUUUGUAUUGUUGGACGACGCCUAACAUCAGCGUCAGGUAUUUUUCAAUAAAAAAAGUUAUAAAAAAUGUGUUUUGAACACAACA